AGUUUUAUAGAAGAGUUUGUAGAUGUUUAUACACAAAACUGCUAAGGCAUACUUGACAGCUUGUGUUUACUGAAGCCAGACCAUUUCACUCAAAUACUUAUCAACUAAAAUGACAACACGGUUGAGUGCUUCUCCUACGUUAAAAGGCACUGUAAUAUAUAUACAAUUUACGUAUGCAAGGAAAAGAAAUGUGGACGCAGCCAAUGUUUAAGCAACACUUGUUUCGUAGAAGUCGAGGCUUUUCUGAGUGUUAACCUCAGAACUGUGGAAGUGAACGGGAUCAACUCAGGUUUAUUAUCCAGAAACAGUCCCUGGGUGAAGCGAAAAUGUCUGUGAGUGAAUGCCAACCCGCUAUAUUCCUUUCCCAUGGUGCUGGGCCUUCAUUUUACAUGGAUGCCACAACAGAGCCAAGGGUAAAAGGUUUGGAUAAAGACUCCACUGCGGCAAACGUUUUGAAGAGCUUCGUAACGGACCACAGCAUAACCACCCCAAAGGCUCUUGUAGUUUUUAGUGCCCAUUGGGAAGAAGAGAUAUGCUCGGUGACAUCACCUGAAAAUUAUUCUUUGGUUUAUGACUAUGGUGAUUUCCAAUGGCCUCCCGAGACGUACGAGGUACGAUGGCCUGUAACCGGGGCACCCGAUGUGGCAAAGAGGGUCAAAGAUCUACUUGAAGCAAGAGGAAUUCCGUGUAAUGAAGACAACAAACGAGGACUAGAUCACGGAGUAUUCAUCCCUUUAAAGCUGGUGUUCCCUGAAGCCAAUAUCCCAGUGGUUGAAGUAUCACUGUUGAAGAGUUAUGACAUGGGGGAACACCUGAAGAUUGGUGAGGCGUUGUCGGACUUGAGUAAGGAAAACAUUCUGGUGAUAGGUAGUGGGUUCGCUUCACACUCGGGGAUGUGCGAGUCAAAUCUACCUUGGGCCGAACCAUUCAGAGAGUGGCUUCACGACCUGGUGUCCAACCCCAACUAUAGCCCUAACGAACGGAAGGGACAAGUUCCUGGCUUGCUCUGAAGAGAAGUCAUUCUCAAGUGCACAUAAAACCCCAGAACACUUCCUUCCUAUAGCGUUAUGUUGUGCAGCAAGUGGAUAUCAGCCUGGGACAAUUCUUCAUUCUGAAUUUACGAUAGGCAGUCUGUUGUACGACCAUUACAGAUUCCAAGCUAAGUAACUCACUUGAAUACAUCAGUGAUCAAAUCGGACAUUUAUCGAAGUGGAUCAAUUGGUGGAAUAGAUAACAUCGUUUACAGUGAACACCGCUCAAGUCUCAUCUUCCUGAUAUGGAUGAUAAUAUAAGGAUACAUGCUUUGGAAAAGGUGAUCGACAGAUGUGGUUUAUCCCAACUGACUAUUUACAAAAUGUUUAAGGAACGUUUAAAAUGAUUGCGUGUUAAGGAUAACAAUUGUCACAACCAAAGUGCAGAUACUGUGAUGUAAAUAACAAAGUACAGAUAAUGUGUUGUUGUUUUGUAAAUAACAAAGUGCAGAUAAUGUGUUGUUGUUUUGUAAAUAACAAAGAGCAUAUAAUGUGUUGUUUUGUAAAUAACAAAGUGCAGAUAAUGUGUUGUUUAGUAAAUAACAAAGUGCAGAUAAUGUGUUGUUGUUCUGUACAUAACAAAGUGCAGAUAAUGUGUUGUUUUGUAAAUAACAAAGUGCAGAUAAUAUGUUGUUGUUUUAUAAAUAACAAAGUGCAGAUAAUAUGUUGUUGUUUUAUAAAUAACAAAGUGCAGAUAAUGUGUUGUAAACAACAAAGCGGUUGCGGAUUGUUCAACUCCGUAUGGAAAAUUUUAGACGUUUUUUCAACAGUCGGCAAUAAAGAAUGUUUCACGAUUAAUUUUACAGAUGUAUGUAUAAGAUGUAACGGACGUGCAUUAUGGGUACGCCAUUUACAUAUAUCCCCUUGAAGUUUAUGACUGAGCAUACAAAUUGCCCAAAUUAUGAUCCUAUCUUUGCCGAGUUAUCAAAACUGGGCGACUACAACACAGGACAACUAACAAACAUCGCGGAAUGCGCUAGUUUACCCAGGUACAUGGGCUUUCAACUUGCAGAUAAAAUAUUUGCAUCUGCCCAAACAAAAUAGAUUGCUACUGAAUUUAACAAAACCAGUACCAGUUUGUAGAAAUGUUUGUCUUGCUACAAAUCUUAUUUAACAUUAUAAUAAUUGAUCCCUAAUUUCUUUUAUCCGUGGAUUUAUUGAAGAGCACGGUACCAAAAUACCAUCAAUCCAUAUAAUACAUGGAAGUUUUGCAUGUGGACUUGCGAUUGGAAAACAAUGAUUUUUUCUCGGAAAUAGAAUUGUUCUGUUUCCUUGGAUACAUUCAUUGACAUAACUGGAUUUUAAUUUAACACACAUUUGGAAAUAUAGGCGCAUGUGUGCUCACUGGGUCUAAAAGAAUUGUUGAAACUGCUUUACAAGUCACAUUAUAUACAUGAGCUGUUUCGACCUUUGGAGACAGAGGGACGGCCCCAAAGGGGAACUUAGCUAGGUUUUUUUCUUUUUUCUUUAAACGCUACUUCUCUUUAAUGCAUGUGUGGAUAACAACCAAAUUUCGUCUGAAGUAUCAUUGGGAGAGGACAAUAAUAAUUAAUACAAAUCAUGCUGGUUCGACUCAAGGGGACGGGGCCCCUUAAUGUCAGAGUGUAUUACAACUAUAUUUCGUCUGACGUAUCAUCUGUAUCGCUAUAAAUAUAUAUCAGUACGUCAGAGAUUUCCAGUUUGGCUAUAAUAUGACCGAGGAAAGGAGCAAUAAAUCGUGGUGUCCCGUGAAGUACUCAACUUUGGCGCUAGCGAUGUUGCUGUCUUCCAGUUAAUUGCUGUGCGCAUAAAGAAUGUUUUUUCCCUGAAUUAUUCAGUUUUUCCAGAUGUGAUGAUUACAGGUUUGCUGUCGUUUCUCACAGAUGUUGGAACAAUGUUGAAUGUUUCACAGGCCAUGCAAGAUUUUGCCUUGAUUAUCCGUUUUUGUGUGGAAGUAUGAUCGAGUGUUCAGGUGAUAUUUUGUCCUUCUAUAACUUUGUACAAGUAUACGAGACGUUGGUGUUUUCUUCUGGUUUGGAGUGUUGGAAGGUUUAGAUCUUGUAGCAUUUUUGUCAUGCAUGCGUCCUCUCUGGAUUACGUCACUUUGUUAUUAAUCUUGUAACACGCCUUUGUACGCUUUCUAGUUUAUUGGUCUCAUUGGAAGAGGGCAAUCCUAAUUCAUAUAAAUCACGCUAGUUUGACGCCUUGAACCAUAGGUUGGGGUCUUAAAAAGAAAUUCGUUGUUUCAACCAAAUUUGAACUGAAAUACAUCACUGAAAGAGUUGGAAUCAUUUCUGAAAUACGUAAGGCUUGUUUGAACUCAUUGGACAAAGAGGAGAACCCCAAAAUGGGGAAAAUUAGCUCAUUUUUUUUUUUAACUUUAAAUGAUUUUGAUUAUUACAAAAGCCAGUACUUUUUUUUGGCUUUAAAUGAUUUUGAUGAUUAUAAAAACAAAUACUGUAGUUACCAACUACUUACCAGAAAACAGAUUCUAAGUGAGAUUUUACUGAAAAAAGUGGGAGUAUAACGGCUUUCAUUCUCCUUGCUGUAGGUAUUUGAAGUCAGAUGACCAUUUAGGCCCAUGGGCAUUGUUUCCGAAGACGACUUAAUACAAACUUUGCUACCUGACUGUAUCGUUAAUAAUUAAGUAUUAAACAGUGUUGUCUGUAAUGAGACUGUGAAGGUAACUCGGUACACAAAUUAAAAACAACAAAUUAUUAGAUUUUCUUUUAUUACCAUUUCACUUUCAUUUUUUUCAAACGUACAUCAAUUUCUUUUCAGUAUUAUGAUAAAAAACAUUUUCAAAACCAUAACAAUGAUUUGUAUUUAAAAUACAAGUGUAUAUAUACAUGUAUAUAUACAUAACAGAUAUAUAAUAAGAGUACCAUUGGGCACAUCUCUUAGGAAAAGCAACAACUACAUGAUCAAUAUGCAAUGGAGUAUGCUCCGACGACAAGUACAGAAAGUGUAAUGAAUUUAUCAUCCUCUAAAUGAUGUUGUAAACAUAUAGAAGUUUGAAUCAUUUAACAAUGUAAUAUAUUAAAUAACUAGGUGUUACAUUAUAUUGUAAUAUUCUCUGGCCUGCCAAUAAACUAGGUGUCAGUUUUAAUAUGUUUAACCUAAUUGUUUAUUGACUUUUCAGUUGACCAAGACAGUUUUAUGGAGAAAAUUGGAUGUUUUACAUAUUGGAUCUACAUUACAUAUAUAUGUUGUGUCAAUGUGUUAAUAUAUUAACAUUCAAUAUUGCCCCUAAUUUUAAGUGUACAAAAACAUUAAUACAUCUACAGUGUAAAAGAUCAUGAUAUUAUCAUGUCUUGUAUUACCAAAUCAAUAAAGGAUUAAAUUGUUACAUAAACAAAAACCAGAAUUGUAAGUUCAUGUCUAAAGGUGAUAGAAUUUAAAUGUGUUUUUUUUCAACUACAUUUUUUUUUCUGUAACAUAUAACAUCUGAAACCAAGUCUGACUGUAGCAACAUCAGACUGUAACAUGUACCAAGUCCAUGGCAAUCCCUCUUGGCAAACUACUGGAUCUACCCUUGAAAUGUACUCAUUUGCAAAUACAAUGUACAGUUAUGGUUAUAUUUCAAUGAUAUUAUUUUCAAACGCCUCAUUUAAUUAAUUCAUUAAAUUUUCUUUAAAAUUUUUUAAGACGUUUAUAGUUUUUGUACCUCAGCAGUGUGUAAAUGUGUUAUGUUUGAAGGGAAUUCUAAAGCUUAUGGCAUUCAAUCUUACAACCAUAUUGUGUAAGAAUUCACAAACAAAUACAGCAGGCCACACUAUACCCAAACAUGCACGUACAUAUUGUUAACAUAUAAAUCAAGUAAUAUGGUAAAUAAUCUAAUUUUUACUUGAUUUGGCAUUAUAUACCUUCUGAAUUUUGAAAAAAAAGGUGAUAUUUUCAAAAAUGGAAAUAACAGAAAAAUAGUCAGUUUUCGUUACAUGCAACUUGGCUGAAUUUGCUUGGGAUAAAUGUGUACCUAUUUUUUCAAAGGUAUUUCGGGCACACAAAAUUUCAUGCAACUGGAUUUACUAUAUUUUUGCAAAGUUGACAUCAACUUGGCCAACAAGAAAAACAUUAAGAAAUAUACAAAUAAUGAAAUAGACAAAAAAAAAAAAAAAAAAA